GAUCCCUCACUGUCAUUCGGCCACGGUCGGCUUCAGGAGAAGGGGGGCAAGCCAAAGCUCACUCACUCACUCACACAAGGACUCAGGCUGGAUAAAAAUACUGAAGCCAAGCUUAAAAUGAAACCGACCGAAUAAGGCUUGCGACGCAUCCCGCACCCGAGCGCUUUUGACGCGUUGCCAAGCCUUUAGCGAAGCCACUUCGUUCGGAUGACACGGUCCACAUUCGAGGCAAAGCGGUGUCAUUGAGCAGGCAGGACACGUCAAGAGAAGGGAGGAGGAGGAGGAAAAAAAAAAAAAAAAAGCUGACCGACCACUGUACGACUCAGCUAUUAAAUCGCCUCCGCCGGCCUUAAGACAUCCUUUCAAGGACACCAGCCUGCUGUCAAGCCGACGCAAGACGGAAGACGUUGCCGAGGUCGGAGGUGGUGAUCAAAAAGGAAAAAUCGAUCACGGGAUACUAUUUGUGUGUGUGGGGGGAGCAAACAAAUGGGGGAUUACGGGUUCGGAGUCCUAGUUCAAAACAACACUGGCAACAAGUCUGCGUUCCCGGUCCGAAUCCACCCGCAUCUGCAACCCCCGCACCACCACCAAAAUGUGUCGCAGAGCCCCGCUGCGUUCAUAAACAGUACCACCGCCGCAGGGAAUGGCACCACGGCGGGCUCUCCCUGGCUCUUCCCUGCCUCGGCCACCCACAGCAGUGUGCAAGACGAAAUCCUGGGCGCGUCCGAGAAGCCCAAAGCGCAGCAGCAACAAGAAAUGCAAGAAACGCAAGAAAAGCAGCUGUCCCCUGGGAGUCACCAGGAGGGUGUUGGCGGCGGGGGCGGGAUCAUUUCAGAACUGGAAAAAGCCCGGUCGGAGGAUGGCAAGACGGACAACGGCUCGCCUGAAGGCAGUACCGGGAAAGAGAAGCAGAUCCGCCUCGAGUCCCCGGUUCUGACAGGCUUCGAUUACCAGGAGACAUCCGCUUUGGGAGGCCCGGUCCAGUCCAGCGCCACCUCUUCAUCUCUCACCGGCUUCAACAACUGGUCGGCGGCCAUCCCGCCGGCGCCGUCGACCAUCAUCAAUGAGGAUGUCAGCUUCUUUAACCCGGCCUCUGCCAACAACGGCACGCUGCUGUUCCAGAACUUCUCCCAUCACGUCAGCCCGGGCUUCGGCGGCAACUUCUCCCCUCAGAUAGGACCGGCCGCAGCCCUUUCGCAGCACCACCCGGCUCCCCCGCCGCACCCCCACUUCCAGCACCCCCACAACCAGCACCAGCAGCACCGGCGCUCACCCGCCUCCCCGCACCCUCCUCCGCCCUUUCCGCACAGGAAUCCGCCCUUCAACCAGUUGCCGCAUUUGUCCAACAGCCUGAGCAAGCCCCCGUCCCCCUGGGGCCCAGCCAACUACCAGAGCCCCUCUCCCUCCCCAGGCUCCUCAACCUCCUGGAGUCCAGGAGGCGGCUACGGAAGCGGCGGCGGUGGCUGGGGAGGAUCUCAGGGCCGAGACUAUCGCCGAGGUCUCAAUGGUGGCAUGACGCCCAUCAACUCCAUCUCGCCACUGAAGAAGACCUUCCUGAAUAACCACGUGGCAUCCCAGAAGUACCCUCGCAACAGUCCUGCCGGCUUCAACCCCAAGUCCUGGAUGGAUGACUGCGUCGGCCGCAGUGAUAACAUCUUCCCUUUCCAGGAACGCACCAGGUCAUUUGACAGCUUCAACAUGAACACUCUGGAGAGCUCCCUGAUCGACAUCAUGCGGGCUGAGCAGGACAACCUGAAAGGUCGUCUGGGGUUCCCCCAUCCUGGCGGGGACAACCCGCUGCCCCUCAAUGCCAGGAGUUAUAGCAGGAGACGAGGCCAUUCCUCCCUCUUUCCCAUGGAGGAUGGCUUCCCUGAUGACGAGCGUGGCGAUCAGGGUCUGGCAGGCCUGGGCUCUCCACACUGCUUUCCUCACCAGAAUGGCGAACGCGUAGAGCGCUACUCACGCAAGGUCUUUGUGGGAGGAUUGCCCCCAGAUAUAGAUGAAGAUGAGAUAACUGCCAGUUUCCGGCGUUUUGGACACCUAUUUGUCGACUGGCCUCACAAAGCUGAGAGCAAAUCUUAUUUCCCUCCAAAAGGCUACGCCUUCCUGCUCUUCCAGGACGAGAGCUCCGUGCAGGCUCUGAUCGACGCCUGCAUCGAAGAGGACGGCAAGUUGUACCUGUGCGUGUCCAGCCCCACCAUCAAAGACAAGCCGGUCCAGAUCCGCCCAUGGAACUUGAACGACAGUGAUUUUGUGAUGGACGGAUCUCAGCCUUUGGACCCCAGGAAAACAAUUUUUGUUGGAGGUGUCCCUCGCCCGCUGCGUGCAGUGGAGCUGGCCAUGAUCAUGGACCGUCUUUAUGGUGGUGUCUGCUACGCCGGCAUCGACACGGAUCCCGAGCUGAAGUACCCGAAAGGAGCUGGGCGGGUCGCCUUCUCUAAUCAGCAGAGCUACAUUGCUGCUAUCAGUGCUCGCUUUGUGCAGCUGCAGCAUGGAGAAAUCGAUAAACGGGUGGAAGUGAAGCCAUACGUGCUGGACGACCAGCUGUGCGACGAGUGCCAGGGGACUCGCUGCGGCGGCAAGUUUGCGCCGUUCUUCUGCGCCAACGUCACCUGCCUGCAGUACUACUGCGAGUACUGCUGGGCGGCCAUCCACUCGCGCGCUGGCCGCGAGUUCCACAAGCCGCUGGUGAAGGAGGGCGGCGACCGGCCACGUCACAUCUCGUUCCGCUGGAACUGAGCGGCGGCGGGCGAGCGGGCGGGCGGGCGGGCCGGCAGCAAACGGGGGGAGCAGGAUGGCAAGGUAGUGCAGGAGUCGCAAAAUCAUUUAACGAAUAAAUGCACUUUUCUGUUGCUGGUUCCUUUUCGCUCAACCUUUUUUUUAGUUAAUAUUUAUAUUUUCACGAGAGAAAACAGGAUUUAUAUCUUAAGUAUGUCCAGCAAGGAAAAACAAGUGUAACAUGUUUUGUUUUAUUUUUUUAAAUGAUUGUUACCCCCCAAAAAAGCAUAUGUAGGAAAGUUAGUGUGCUAUGGUACUCUGCUAUUUGAUUGGCAUGCUUUUCUUCAUGUAUUUUGGUUUUAUGUUUUUAUAUAAGAGGCCCCCCAAAUGAAUACUCUUUGAUUAUGACAUUUUGUAGCAGAGCUCGUUUUAGUUUUCUCCAAGACACCAAUGCGAGGCUCCAGAGUAAAUGUGAAUUGGAAAAAAAAGGUGUUGCUGAAGAAGAGUGCACUUAUUUCACAUUUUAGAAUAUACCAGUAUACCCUUAGUUGAUAACCAAAGCUGUUUUAUUAGCUCGCGGCACAGGAUAGAGAAGCCCUGAAAGCCGAACACUCUCUCUCUCUUUCUCUCUCUCUUACUCAGAAAAAAUAAGAUCUCGACACAUAAUAAUUUCGAUCUCCAUCUUGACAUGCAAAAACUAAUACCUCAAACUCAGCUGCUAAUGUGCCGGAUGCAGUUAAAAAAGAAAAAGAAGAGCAAGUCACAAACGCCUGCCCGUGUUCUCGUGUUUUUCUGGGCGGAGCUACGAUGUUACUCGCACACUUUUUGUACUCGCUAGCUUCGUCACCUCCUUUUUAUUUUUGUAACGGAAAACCUACGCGGUCGUGCGCAGAGUGCAUUACGGGAAUGUAUGGCAAUGGGAGGCUACGGGCCCCCUUCUCCCCCCCCCCCCCCCCCCCCCCUCCCACUCCUCACUUUUAGAUCCAGAACCCGACCACAUUGGUCACAACUACAAAAAAACAAAACAAAACAAAAACAAGGCAAAAAAAUCGCAAAGCUCUGUUUUACACCCAAAAGUCAACCAAGCAGUUCAAAUCCUAAAUUCUAUUCAGCAUCUGUGUUUUUUGAAGCAUAACUGAAGAUAGUCUACUACGAUACACACACUUGAGGAGGCCCACCCUUAAGUCCAGCAGGUUGGGGAACCAAAGAUGGCUGUGCAUUAGUAGGUCGCAUUGUAGCUCAUUUCCUCUUUCGAUUUUUCCAAAUCUGUCACUUGUGUCCACCGUCAAGCGCCCCCCUGAAGGACUCCCGAGAACCAAAGAUUGGUCUUAACAACAACAACAAAAAAGUUAGCAGUGCAGUAAAACCCCAUCGGCUGGAAACGGCGACCUUAUAUGGACUUCCUCCCCUUGCCCCCCCCCCCAAAAACAAACAAAAGUGCACAUUCACGCAGUGGAAGUCAAAAGACAAAAUCCUCCCAUUUUGGUAGUGGAGGAGUGCAGAGAAAACUUGAUUUUGCUCAUGAGCGAGGAUCCUCAUAUGGCUUUUUGCACCUGGGAUAUUUUCAAACACUUUGUGAAGAAUUUGCUGUUCAAAAUGAGACGAUGAGAAAAUUAUUUUAUACACGGCCUGCUGAUUUUUUGGAACAGUGUUUUCUAGCUAAAUUAUUUUGUCAUGCACAUAUAAGCAUUUAUUAUGCACUACUUUUCUAAAUAUCUUUUUUCUUUUUAUUUCCGACAGUCAUUUUAGGCACAUUUUUCACAAAUAUGGGGAAACUCCUUUUUGCAAUACCUCAAUUUUUUCACAUUGUGAAAGGUAGCUUUUGUACUUUUGUUACUGAGAGAUCUGCAUAUAUGGAAAUGUUCAUUUUAAAGAAGAAGAAAAAAACAGAAAAGCAGAGCGAUUUCAAGAUAUAUGAUAUUAUUUUCAAUUAUGCUUUUUAUACAUUUCAGUGCUGAGGACUCUUUCCAACUCUUAAGUGCGACGUCACAUCUACCGAUGACGAGACCAAAGUGUAUCCGCUCACUUGGUCUUCUUAGCUUUUCCUACGCUCAAUGUUUCCACUCGGUAAUGACUAGUCAUACUAAUAUAAUAGCAUGGUGAGAAAUCAUUGAAGAAGAAAAAAAAGUUGUGAUCUUAAAACACAAUGUUAAACAUGACCUUUCCUCUCCGUACUCAACCCUAUUUCCUCAAAUAGUGGCCGCUCCUUUGCCUAGCCCUUUGAACUCUGUUGCUAAUCGAAACAGCAGCACCUACUGAGGCAUGUAAACAGUUUGUCAGAUGAUUAAAAAAGUGUGGAGACACUAGUAAGUCAGUAAAUAAAGGCCUCCCCCGUAAUAGAUGCCUCCCUCAAUCUGGAGUAAAUAGACCUUAUACCCCAAACUGCAGUUAGAGGUCUCCCCACGUUUGUGCUUCCCCCAACCUGCAGUGGAGAAAAUGCCCCUAACCUAUUAGACGCCUCAUAAUCUUCAACUGCGAGAAUAAAGGCCUCCCCAUCUCCUGGCCACUAUAUGAGGGAAUAUGGUAUCGGGGGAGAAUACAAAAACAUUAAGUUUGGACACUUAAUGCUGAUUCUCGUAUUACAAGAAUGGAUGUUUGGUGUUUAGAUAUUUUAAUAUUUGAAGAAAAAAACUAUGAAUAUAUAUAUAUAUAUAUAUAGAUAUAUAUAUAUUCUUGAACUUGCCAACUAGCACCUAUCGUAAUCCUUAGCAUGCAUGACGACAAAAAAAAAAAAAAGACUGAAAGAAGCGCAGAAAUGAGGUGAAUUAGCUCUGAAAUUUAACUGUUGUGGUGUGCACCAAAUGUUUCUGGACUAUGACGUUGUUAAGGAGAACCCCGACCUCAACCCCUCUAUCACAAACCCUUCUGUCCUUACCACCCUCCACCCACCCGCCCCUCACAUAUUGGCAGACCUCAGCGGGAUGCGCGUUAACACAAAAACAAAUAGGCGAGCGUGAACGUUUCGGACUCGAGUAUCCUUCUAGAACACUGUUGGAGGAAAAAAAAAAAAAUAGUGCGGAUAAGAAAAAGACUUUACCUACGCAGAGGAAGGGGAGCUUAAAGACUUGAAUGUGGUAAAAGAAAAGAAUUUAAAAAAUGUUGCAAGUUAACUUUCAAGUUGUUAUGUGCAAUACUUCUUUUGAACCUUUUUCCAGACAAAAGACUCUUUGCAAUGUAAUUCUUUCAAAUGCCAUUUUUAAUUAUUGAAGACAUUUAAUUAAAGAAGAUGUUAUGUUUUUUCACAGUCAUUUUCUACUGUUUAAUGUAAUCCUUUUCAUGCUGGUGUUUGUAAAAAAAAAAAGAAAUAAAUGAAAUCCAACUAUUUGUACUAAUAUAAAUAAUUGAAGUUAUUUUUAAAACAUUAAAAAGGGUUUUUGUGCUCAUUUGCUUUUUUUUGGUUUAUUUUAAGCUACUGUGAUUGAUUCCAUUGUAAUUAUUAGGUCAACAAUGUAUUUAGCUGUUUAUUGGUAUAUUUUUAAUUGGAAUGUAUAAUUGAUUUUUAUAAUUUUGAUCAGAUUUUUGUUAUAUUUUUGAGGUGAAGCUUUUAAUAUGUUAAAGUGUCUAGUUUUUACUAAUUGCUAUAUUGUGCUCCACAAUAUAUGGUUCACAUUUUCUGAAGGAAAAUAAAUAUUUAAAUAUAUGUCUGUUAAUGUUACUUAAUGGCAAGAUUUCAAUAGUUUUUAACUGUGUAUGGGAAGGUUUGUUGUAUUUAUUAAUAGCAUUUUUUUUUUUUACUUCAGAUAUCACCUUAAUUUUUAUUGUCAUUUCACUUUAUAAGUUCCUAUUUUUGUAUUUUCCUUUCUAAUGAUUAAGUUAUGUAAUACGGAUAUGUCCAUAUUUCUAGGAGUUGGUCUGUAGAAGUGCUAGUGAAACGGAAAAGAAAAAUCUGUUAUUUAAUUGUUUGCGGCCAACUAUUUAUAUAACAGUAUGCAUAAUUUUUCAAUAUUUGUAAUGUGAAAUGUUGAAUGAAAUAAAUCUUAACUGUGAUGAAUAUG